AGCUGAGCUGGUCGCUGCUUCAGUCACAGGAGCACCAGAGAGCAGACGGCGGCUCUGCGGAGGGAUAUGAUGUAAGAUGGCAGAGCUACAAAUGCUGUUAGAGGAAGAGAUUCCUGCGGGGAAAAGAGCAUUAGUGGAGAGUUACCAAAACCUAACCAGAGUAGCAGACUACUGUGAAAACAACUAUGUGCAGGCCCAGGACAAGAGGAAAGCUCUGGAGGAGACCAAAGCCUACACCACCCAGUCCCUGGCCAGCGUGGCCUACCAGAUCAAUGCCUUAGCAAACAAUGUACUGCAGCUGCUGGACAUCCAGGCCUCGCAGCUGCGGCGCAUGGAGUCCUCCAUCAACCACAUCUCCCAGACGGUGGACAUCCAUAAAGAGAAGGUGGCCCGGCGGGAGAUCGGGAUCCUGACCACCAACAAGAACACCUCGAGGACCCAUAAGAUCAUAGCGCCGGCUAAUAUGGAGCGACCUGUCAGGUACAUCAGGAAGCCGGUUGACUACACUGUACUGGACGACGUCGGCCAUGGCGUUAAGCAACAUGGAAACAAUCAGUCAAACAGAGGAGGAACACUAUCGAGGACCAAUCCGCCGACGCAGAAGCCGCCGAGCCCUCCCAUGUCAGGGCGCGGCACGCUCGGACGCAACACAUCCUACAAGACUCUGGAGCCGGUGAAGCCGCCCACGGUGCCCAACGACUACAUGACCAGCCCCGCCCGACUCGGCGCCCAGCACGGCCAGCAGCACAGCCCCGGACGCACGGCCUCGCUCAACCAGAGGCAACGCACACACAGUGGAAGCAGCGGGGGCAGCAGCAGCAGGGAGAACAGCGGCAGCAGCGGUAUUGGCAUUCCCAUCGCCGUGCCUACGCCCUCCAUCCCCAACCCUGGACCAGUCCCGCCCAUGUCUGCUCCCCCGGGAGCCCCUCCGCCUCCCCCACCCCUACCUCCUCCCAUGGCCGGGCUCGGCCCCCCACCACCACCUCCACCACCACCACCACCACCACCCGCUCCACCACCCGCUCCUAUAGUGGUGGCCCCUGGGCCUGGUCUGGGCCCCGCUCCAAUGUCCCAGUUUGGAACCAUCUCGCGGCAGAUUUCGCGGCACAACCCCUCCAACUCCUCUGUCUCUAUGGUUUCGGCCACGGGCACCUACCGCCGGGCGCCGUCGGUCACUUCCCAGUUCUCCUUGCAGCAGCAGCAGCAGCUACAGCAGCAGCAGCUUCAGCAGCAGCAACAGCAACAGCAACAGCAACAACAACAACAGCAGCAGCAGCAGCAGCAGCAGCAGCAGCAGCCUCAUAUUAAUGGAGGCACUCCUGGCUACGGCCAGAACUCAAUGUCUGUCGCUCCUCCUCCUCCCCCCAUGCCCCAGCUGACUCCACAGAUACCUCUGACUGGCUUUGUGGCCAGGAUGCAGGAGAGCAUUGCAGAUACUCCCACUCCACCUCCCCCUCCUCCUCCAGAUGACAUCCCUCUGUUUGACGACUCUCCUCCACCUCCUCCGCCUCCUCCUGUGGACUACGAGGAGGAGGACGCGGCCGUGGUGCAGUACAGUGACCCCUACGCGGACGGGGACCCCCAGUGGGCACCCAAGACCUACGUGGAGAAAGUGGUGGCCAUCUACGACUACAGCAAGGACAAGGGCGACGAGCUGAGCUUCAUGGAGGGCUCGAUCAUCUACGUCAUCAAGAAGAACGACGACGGUUGGUACGAGGGCGUGUCCGGCGGCGUCACCGGGCUGUUCCCUGGCAACUACGUGGAGUCCAUCAUGCACUACGUCGACUGAGGGGGCGGGGUGAGGGAGAGGGAGGGGCGUGGCCUCGCAGUAGACAGUGACGUCAGUUUAUUCAGUCAUAUCAUAAAUCCACCAAGAAGACUGACCGCCGCCAUUUUUGAUUCCCCUCCUCCUCCUUUUUUUUUUUUUUUUUUUUUUAUUAUUAUUAUUUUUUUUUGAUAUGACAGAAUGUUCUUUCCCUUGCCGAUUGCGAAUAAAAAUGAAAAGUGAUAUCUAUUUAGUUUUUAUUUUUGGUGUUAUAAUGGCGGGUUUUUUGGGGGGAGGAGGGGGGACAUUAAUGGAAUAUGUUAAAAAAUUAAAAUUAAAAUAAAAA